CAAAGGUUUACUUAAGCAACGGAGGGACCCAGAGUGUCUGCAGUAAAUAAAGAGGUUAUUGCGACUCUUAAGAAAGGGAAUAGGUAGCUAUAAAAAUGGCUACGAAACUGUACAACUUCACGGCCAAACUGUUAACGGGAGAAAUGUUUAAUUUCUCUUCCCUGCAGGGCAAAGUCGUCCUCAUUGAGAAUGUCGCGUCUCUCUGAGGUACGACCACCAGGGAUUACACCCAGAUGAACGAGCUCCACGAGCGGUACGCCAGCAAGGGGCUCGUUAUCCUGGGAGUGCCCUGCAACCAGUUCGGACAUCAGGAGAACUGUAAGAAUGAAGAAAUCCUUAUUUCCCUGAAGUACAUCCGUCCUGGAAAUGGCUUUGAGCCAAAGUUUCAGCUCCUGGAGAAAGUGGAUGUGAAUGGGAAGGAUGCCCAUCCCCUGUUUGUGUUCCUGAGGGAAACGCUCCCAUUCCCCAGCGACGAUCCAACCGCCCUGAUGAACGACCCCAAGUUAAUCAUGUGGAGCCCGGUCUGCAGGAACGACGUGUCCUGGAACUUCGAGAAGUUUCUCAUCGGGCCGGAUGGCGUGCCGUUCAAGCGUUACAGCAGGAAGUUCCUCACCAGCGACAUCGAGGGAGACAUCAAGAAGCUCCUCAACCAGGCAAACUAAUGAGCCGUCCUCCAAAAUGUUUUUCACCCAUCCUACAGCCAGCUUUUCAGCACUAAGCCAUGCUGUAUAACCUUCAGUUCAUCAGGGGAAACACCUUUUUGUGCUCAUUUUAUUUUCCCUCCAUAGUUUCUGUAGAUGGUGUGCAACACCUUUCCAGACCACCUGAGCUCACUUGUACACAAUGGCUGUGUUCGGUUCUUUUACUAUAUGAAGGCAUCCUCAGAAAACACGCUAGUUGUGAGGGGGAUAUCUGAUGAAAUGUAAGAGGCUGAAUGUUUUCAGCUGCAUUGGGUGCAUGUAAAGCACAGCUGUGGUUUGAUGUAUCAAGAGGACCAAUAAAUGUAUUAUUUCAAACA